UCUCACAGUACUGCCAAGGGAAUAAACUCUCAAGGUAUUUGACUGUUUGGAAACAUUGGAGAGACCGUGCAAUGGGUGGCGCUUGGUCGGUUAGAUGGCCCUCUUGAACGCCCAAGAAAUAAUGGUCGGUGACUUAAGUGACAAAGCUGUAUUUGAGGUCUGCCCUGUCUCUUGAGCCAUGUGACCUUGGACCAGUCAGGGGCACCGGGGUACACAUCCGUAAAAGUGGAUGUUGGUUUGGCUAAAUCUAAGACUCUUUAAACUCAAGAUUCUUUAAAAUGACUUCUCAGGAUAGUCCGUGUUCUUGGACAGCAAGGGCAGCAUUUAGCCAGCUGAAUCACCUCAUCCUGCCUUCAAAUCCUUACCUUCAGGAGAACCUGACAAUGAGAAAUGAAAAAGUAAAUCAAACAGUAGAGGUGGACUUUAGACUUUGUGUGCUCUUCUGGAAUGAGUAAUGGUUCUAUUUCUAGAUGGCUUUUCUGCUGAGAAAGCUAAGGGAGAAAGUGUGCAUUUUCCACUUCUUUUCACCUGAGAAUACUGUAUGCAUAAGCACUGCGCUGGGGGUAGUGAAUGGAACUAUAUUUUUGGAGGCCAGUUUUGCAGUCAACCUGCAGUGAGUGGGCUGUGGAGAAGGAAGAAAUGUCUUCUGUAAAAAGAAGUCCAAACCAAGAAAUUAUAUCCCAAUUUCACUAUUCAGCUGCAGAAGGAGAUAUUGCCAGGUUAACAGUAAUGCUCAUUCAUUCUCCAUCUCUUCUCAAUGAAACUUCUGAAAAUGGCUGGACUGCUUUAAUGUAUGCUGCAAGGAAUGGGCACCCAGAUGUUGUCCAGUUUCUACUUGAGAAAGGGUGCGACAGAUCCAUUAUCAAUAAAUCAAGGCAGACUGCACUGGAUAUUGCUAAAUUUUGGGGUUAUAAGCAUAUAGCUAACUUACUAGCUAAUGCUAAAGGUGGGAAGAAGCCUUGGUUCCUAACCAGUGAAAUGGAAGAAUGUGAAAAUUAUUUUAGCAAGACACUACUGGACCGGAAAAGUGAAAAAAGAAAUAAUUCUGACUGGCUGUUAGCAAAAGAAAGCCAUCCAGCCACAGUUUAUAUCCUUUUCUCAGAUUUAAAUCCCUUGGUUACUCUAGGUGGCAAUAAAGAAAGUUUCCAACAGCCGGAAGUCAGGCUUUGUCAGCUGAACUACACAGAUAUAAAGGAUUAUUUGGCUCAGCCUGAGAAGAUCACCUUGAUUUUCCUUGGAGUAGAACUUGAAAUGAAAAAAGAGUUAUUUAAUUAUGCUGGGGAAGUCUCACAAGAAAAAGAUGGGUUGGUUGCCUGGUUUGCUUUAGGUAUAGAUCCUGUUGCUGCUGAAGAAUUUAAGCAAAGACAUGAAAAUUGCUAUUUUCUUCAUCCUCCAAUGCCAGCUCUUCUGCAAUUGAAAGAAAAAGAAGCUGGGGUUGUAGCUCAAGCAAGAUCUGUCCUCGCCUGGCACAGUCGAUAUAAGUUCUGCCCAACCUGUGGAAGUGCAACUAAAAUUGAAGAAGGUGGCUAUAAAAGAGUAUGCUUAAAAGAAGACUGUCCUAGCCUCCAUGGUGUUCACAAUACAUCAUACCCAAGAGUUGAUCCAGUAGUAAUCAUGCAAGUUAUUCAUCCAGAUGGGACCAAAUGUCUUUUAGGCAGGCAGAAAAGAUUUCCUCCAGGCAUGUUUACCUGCCUUGCUGGAUUUAUUGAACCUGGGGAGACAAUAGAAGAUGCUGUUCGGAGAGAAGUAGAAGAAGAAAGUGGAGUCAAAGUUGGCCAUGUUCAGUAUGUCUCUUGUCAACCAUGGCCUAUGCCCUCCUCCUUAAUGAUUGGUUGCUUAGCUGUGGCAGUGUCUACAGAAAUUAAAGUUGACAAGAAUGAAAUAGAGGAUGCCCGCUGGUUCACUAGAGAACAGGUUGUGGAUGUUGUGACCAAAGGGAAGCAGCAGGCAUUCUUUGUGCCACCAAGCCGAGCUAUUGCACAUCAACUAAUCAAACACUGGAUUGGAAUGAACCCCAAUCUCUAAAUCAAAAAACUAAACUUUGA